UGCAACCAUUAGUUUUGCAUUUGCAAAGCCUCUUGAAUCACUCCCAUAUCUUAUAAAUGUUGUGUCAGACUCAUUUCAUCUCUCAACCCAUUGAAUCACAUUGUACAAACUUAUAGCUUCUCAAUUUCUUCUCUCUCUCAUACUAUUGAGUUGCUUAAAGUUUGGCACUUUUAAUGAGGGUUCUUCCCAUUUGCAGAGGAGCCAUUUUGGGCUUCUGGGUGGCUUUGGUUUUGGCUGUGAGUUUCUGCUACGGCAACAAUGAGACGGUUGAGGUGGUUGGAAAUGUAGAAUGUGCAGAUUGUGCAGAGAACAACAUUAAGGCCAGCCAGGCAUUUUCAGGGCUUCACGUUGCCAUUAAUUGCAAGUCAAGUGAUGGAGAGCUCAAAACAAGGGGGAUCACUGAUGUUGAUGAAGAAGGAAAAUUCAGAGUGUCACUCCCUUACGAAAUUCUAAAAAAUGAAGAAUUGAAAGAGGAAUGCUUCGCACAGCUUCACAAUGCAUCAGGUGCACCAUGCCCAGCCCACAAUGGCGAAGACACCUCCAAGAUAAUCCUCAAGUCCAAAGCCAAUGGGAAAAUCACCUUAGGACUGGCUGAAAAACUUAAAUUUUCCCCAGUCAUAUGUGCUUCCACAACCUUUUGGCCUUUCGUCAGGUUCCCACAAUUUCCGAUUUUUCCAGGAACACCAGUUGAAUCUUCUCCACCCCCAACACAUGAGGCUCCUCCUCCAGCUGCACCAGUGAAUUCAAUUCCACCACCAGCCCCGGUACCUGAGAUGCCACUUCCGCCGCCAAGUUCAGUCCCACAGCCUAGUCCUAUGCGUAAGCCACUUCCUCCCCCGGUGCCAAUUUCUACGAAGUUGUCUCCACCACCUGUUCCUGUUUCUCCAAGUCUACUUCCUCCACCCGUUCCAGUUUAUAAGAAUCCAACUCCGCCACCAGCUUCAGCUCCAAUCUACAAUAACCCACUUCUACCACCUGCUCCUGUUCCUGAGGUGUCCCCUCCUCCAAUUCCAAUUUGUGAGAAGCCCUUUCCACCACCUACGCAAAAGCCACUUCCUCCUCCAGUUCCAAUUUUUAAGAAGCCACUUCCACCACCUAUUCCACUGCCACCUCCAUAUAAGAAACCCCUUCCACCACUUCCUCAUAAGCCAUUUCCUCCACCAAUUCCUCAAGUUCCACUUCCUCCAUCAAUUCCAGCACCUAAGAAACCUCUGCCACCAGCCGGUCCAAUAUACAAGGAGCCACUCCCCCCUGCUCCGGCACCAAAAGCUAACCCACCCGUAAACUCUCCCAUUCCAUCUCCACCGGCAACACCUAAACUUUCAUCUCCCCCUCCAGUUGUUACAAAACCAAAUCCUCCAAUUCCUAGAGCUCCUCCUAUCCCUAAACUUCCUCCUAUCCCCUCAGUUCCGCGGAAGUACUUCAACCAACCCAAUCCCAGUCACAAAGCUCCUCCCAUUUCACCCCUUUCUUCUCAUGGUUAACUGUGGUACCUUGGGUUGUUCCCAAUAUUGCGUAUGUGAAUGUUGCAUCGUCCGAAAAGAAAGAUAUUAAUUGACAUUCUAGGUGAAAAAGGGCAUUGAAGGAACAAAGAGAAGCGAAAAUGAAAAACAUGCUUGAGAGAGUGAUCAUGAUCAUUGACAUAGUGGAAUGAUUGUAAUCGUGUGUAUGAAUUGUUCUGUAUGUACCUUGCGAAAAUAUAUAUAUAUGUAUGUAUGUAUGUUCUGUAUGUGUUAAUUUAUUUUGGGCGCGGUUGUUAA